GCACCGCUAACGGUCACAUUCCAAGACUUAACAGUGAACGUCUACCCUGUAAAUUUUCCCGGCCGCAUCUCAUUUUCCGGCGGGUAUGGUGGAGAGCUCCAGCUCUGUACUUAGCUUCUUCCUCUACGGUAAAUUCAUGGCUUUCUCUUUGAGUUUUGAGCAUUAUUUUUGUUCUAUAAGAUUUUUGUUGUGAGGUUGGGGAUCCGAUCAAGCUGUACUGGAUGGAUGGGAAGCGGCUGGAUCUGGAUGCCCCUCUUCUCUCCUUCCGGAGAAUCACAGUUCCGGGGAACAGUGAAGAGGUUUCCUUACCGCCGCCUCUGCGGCGGAAUAAUACUCUUCCGUUCCACAACUCUGAGCUGAAGUUCGGUCAGGUGGCCGUGCCUUUCGAAUGGGAGAAAAAGCCUGGUCAGCCGAAGGAUAGCUCCGUCGCGAUAACUAAAUUUGAGGUGAAUCCAGCGGUCCCGAAGCUUCCUCCUGGUCGAAGCUUUAAGGAGAGUGGAGUGGAUUGGGCGAAUGGUGCUUCGUUGCCCCCUGAAUCUGAGACUGUAGUUGGAGCCCUAACGUCGGUAGCUUACUCGUCGGGUUGGCGCGAUGAGAAGGAGAAGGGGGAAGAUGAGGAGGAAAGUUAUUCGACGGUGUGCGAUGAAGAAGAUGAUGCAUUCUCCGACGCACGGGAUGCUUUUUCGUGUGCGGAUUCUUUUUCCGUGAGUGCCGGUGCUGGUGGUAAGGAUUCUUUAAGGAGAUUCACGAAGGAUUUACAGUUGAAGGAGUUCAUGAUGGAUCGGUUUCUGCCUGCUGCGCAGGCUAUGGCUGAGAAUUCUUCGCAACGAACUUGGAGAAAGCCGAGCCGGGCUAAAGUGGAUGAGGGCGAGAAUUCCGGGAGCCAGACUAUACGGAGGAGUCGGUUUCUUCGAGACUAUCAAUAUCAUGUUAACAGAGCUCAGCUCCAUGGUAUUGAGCAAGAGGAGGAGGGAGAGGAGGAAUAUGAUGAUGACUAUGGAAGUUUUGGAGGCUCCGGAUUUUCCUCCUCCAAGGCCUGUGGAUUGAUUCAGCGGUUUUGCUUGAAGAACCCCAUUGGUCCUUUGAAUUCUGUUCCAGGUUUGAAAUCCCAAGGCAGGCCUCAGCAAAGAAACCCCAGUAGGAGGAGUCAGAUUAACGUUUUGCAUCAUGCUUCUCUAGGGCAAGCGGAGGAAGAGGAUUCUUGGGAGGCAGUCUACAGGUACAAACUGAAUCGCGGAUAUUAUCCGCACAGGAAUGAUGGGAGCAAGUUGAUUUGCGAAUCCAACCAGCUUACAAGUUGGAGUGAUUCUCAAAUGUUUGAUGGUUCAUCCUUUUUCAAUACCACCGACAAACAUGAGGAUUCAAAGAGAGAAUCAGGGAGUUGGAAGACAGGGAGCUCUGAUCAAUGUGAGAGAGUUAAUGAAAGUUAUUGGGAAACAACUUAUGUUCAUGGCAGGCUGCAAGGGUCAGGUUCCACCAGUCCUGCAACGGAGAGACCACUUACUCAAAAUUCUCUGAGUUUACCAGAGACUCCAGAUUGUAAGUUGGCUUUUGCAAACAUAGCUUCAGAUACAAAGACAGUGACGGAAUCUGCUGGGAAUAGUUCUGCGGUAGAAGACGAGUUUCAGCUGACAGAAGAAAGUUUUGUUUCUGAAACUUCUGAAGGAUAUGCAUUGCAGUCAAGAUCCUCCAAGAUUGCUGAGCCGGGCUUUUCAUUAUACUGUGGAAGAUUAAAUGGGGUGGAGACACAUGAAGAUGGCUAUGAUAAUAGUGAAAACAAAGAUGAUGAAUUCACUUUGAAAGUUGAUCUUCUGGAGAAGAAAGAUGAUUCUCUUGCAUUGUGUCUAUUUCCUCCUUUAUUACCCACAUCUCCCUCUGACUCUUGGCUUCAGCGUACAUUGCCAUCUGUGUCUUCUAAAGGUCAACAUCAACAGUCUUUUUUGGGUAUUCUAAACCAUCCUAAAAGACGAGCUUCAUUGGCAUCAUCUGGUGGCCACAAGUCAGUAACAUAUGGAAAACCCUCCAACUUGCACCCUCGUUAAACAAGAUUUGUGAAGGUGGCUAAGGGUACAUGAUGGCAUUUUGGAUCAUGACGUUCAGAGGCCAUUUUUAUAUCCUUAUAAAUAUUUUUGUCCGGUACUGCAAAUUGUUGAUCUGAAAUUGGUGCUUUAAAGGUAAUGCACCUUGUUAGACUGAAGGACUUUGUUUAUGUAAAUAGGCGGAAUUUCCAUUUCCGAAAGGUAUCUAUAGCAAAAAUGUGAGUGAUGUUGCCUCAUUUUAUGAAGGCAUGCACACCCUGCUUGAUUGUGGUAUGUUGAUGUAUAUUCUUGUUUAGCUGAUUUAACCUUCUUGGUUACUAUUUGUGCAAUCAAUUUUCCUUUGCUAUAACUUAAUAGCCAUUACAGAUGGUAAUAAGUACAUUUAGAAAGGAAUGGGCUGAUAUAAGUUUCUGUGCCAAUA